GAGAAGAAGCCAGUAUUCAUAUGGCAUUCGUCCGAUGCAAUAUGUACGAUUUUCCCGAUAAAUUAGUUUUCUUGAAUAAUCCACGAAAUCGAACCUCAGCGAAAGUGACUAUUUCGCGAGUGAGUGCCCAGACGAGGAUUUCAGCCUUACUGUGAAGCCGCAGGUAGGCAGAAGUCUAAGCAUUCGCUUUUCUUUUCUUUUCAUUUUUCAUAAUUUAUUUCUUUUCCUCCAUUUUCAAUGGCCCUUGUCGUGCCAUCCAUAUUAUCAGCUGAAAAAGUCUCAUCAAUGUUUAUCGCUCAUAUAAUCUGCUCAAAUGUCUGCAAACUGUUUUCAAUCAUAUUGAAAUUAUUGAAAAAGGUUGCAGACAUCUGAGCACAUCAUAUGAGCGAUGAAAUAUUGAUGAUACUUUUUCACUUGAAAAUAUGGAGUCAUUUCGAACUCCUUUCAAGAAUUCAGACUAUAUUUCUGUUUUUUCACCGCUUCGGAUUGUGUCGAUUAACGAACUUAUCCUGAAAAAGUUUUUAGGUACUUCCUAAUGAACCCAACGGUCAACAUCAAGAGAAGAAUUUUAUAUAAAAUUCCAAUUGAAAUAAAGAAAAAAUCAGAUUUAAGAAAAUAUUGGUUGCAGAGAUUUUCUCUCUUCAGUCGAUUUGACGAAGGAAUCAAGCUUGACGAGGAGAGUUGGUAUUCCGUCACUCCGGAGUUCAUCGCCAGAAAAACUGCAGAGAGGUUGAAAACUGAUGUGAUAAUUGAUGGGUUUUGUGGAACUGGAGGAAAUGCCAUACAGUUCGCCUUCACUUGUAACAAAGUGAUAGCAAUCGACAUCGACCCGAAAAAAAUUGAACUGGCCAGAAAUAAUGCAGCAGUUUAUGGUGUAUUGCAUAAAAUCGAAUUUAUGGUUGGUGAUUUUAUUCAAUUAGCUUCAGAAAUCGAAGGAGAUGCUGUCUUUUUGAGUCCACCAUGGGGUGGUCCAUCUUAUAUGAAUGAGAAAUCAUACGACCUGGAAAAUAUGUUACAACCAGUUCCGUUUUCAGAAUUGGUAGAAGUUAGCAAAAAAAUUUCUCGGAAUAUUGCCGUUUUUCUUCCUAAGAAUGGUAAUACCUUUGAUGUAAGCAUAGUAUUCCUUAUACUAUGCCUAUACCUAUACAGACGGCCAGGGACCGUAUUCUCGACACGUGAUCUUUCAAAACGGAUACGUACUUACAGUGCUCUGAACACUGAAUGAACGUAUACGUUUUGAAAGAUCACUUGUCGAUAAUACGGUCCCAGGCAGAAUUGAAUGACCAAAUUCGUCAUCAAUGAGUGAAAAAUUAUCCUUUGAGUCCAUUCCCUGUCUAAAAUUCCAAAAUAAGAGACUUAGUGAUGAAAUGAGCGAUCGGUUCAGAGACGCGGAGCUCGCUGAUGUUAUUUAGUU